UUUCUUCUUGCAGCCGUGGUUCACGUUAGAGGUCAUGGGGAAGACGUCCAUGAAGGGAGGUUGCAGUCAGGCCACGACGGGCUCUGCUGCAGCAGCAGGAGGAACCAACAUGCUGCUGUAGGAUACCUUGUCACCGCCCAUCAUUUGAGCGGCAACCACAGGAUGCAACCCGACACCAGUGUACCAGUCUGUGCGUAGCCUUUCGAGCCUCAGUUGUAUGGCAACCGAGGCCCGCCCAUUUCCUGGAGCAUUACCGUAAAUGACACAAGAUACCACACCCCCUUGACCGAGUUUCAAAGCUCGAUUACUCCACGACAAAGAGGAUGCACGAACGGAACGGUGCAUUUUCGGAAAGCUCUCGAUGAGACGUCUUCAACGCCGCCAUUGUUGUCACUGUGACUCCUUUUGCUGUUGAGGAAUGGGCCUUUGAAAAUCGGUCCAGGGGGUGUGGUAUCUUGUGUCAUUUGUGGUACUCUUAUUGAGAGGCAUGGAGAGCAAUGUUUGUAGUCUACAGCACGUCAUCCAGCAGUAGGUAUUUGUUCUCAAGAAUAGUAGUCGGGUUCACGAGAGUAAAAUCAGUGAUGUUGCGAUUGUUUCUGUAAAAACCGCCCACAUGCGCCCGUGUCUGGUGUGUUGUGAGCAUCGAACGCGGUGCCUAGCGGUUUGAUGUUCUUGUUUUUUGUCCGCACACCAAUGGAAUUGCCGCACUACAUUUAAAUUUCGAACUGUCACGUGCCCCGAUCACCAUACAUGUACUAUGCGGACAACAGCAGUGUUAAACAAACGCUCAAUCGCGUUAACAGCUGCUUUUGGCGGCAACUCGCUGGCGUUUCCCCCCUCCCCCUUCAAAAAAGCAACAUAACACCACGGGUGGGAACAGCUUUUGAGAUAGGUGGCCCCAGGGCGUACAACAUGUUGCGAAGAAAAUAAAGUAGACCGCCCAUCCCCCACCGUGUUUCCCCCAAAUCAUAUAAACUACGCAUGCAAGUGUCGCGGUGAGACACACAAUAAACAACGAUACACUCAUGUCAGAAUUAUUGUUGCACUCUCCGCACCAAGUCAAAACUGCAGUCACAAACCCUUGUGAGUUUCGCACUGUGUCGUUUUGCCCUCGGUACGGUGACCCUCUCCCUGGUAGGAGUACUCUAAAACGAUGACGGAACUCAUGUGCAUGUGGGACACCGGUGCUGUGUCACUUUGGCCGAUUGGCAUGACUCCCGGAACAGUAUUCUAAACCUCAGCGAA